CGUCCCGGACAGCAACUCCCGGUAACGUUAACGCGUGUCUGGGGGACGUCUUACCCCAUCUUAUUCGCGGAUUCUGGCAUCCGAUGCGCCUUUUGCCCUAGAGGAAGACCCUUGUAGAAAGCUAAUAAACGAGUCAAUUCGCCUUCUCUCCCUUUUCUCUGUUCUCGUUUCGCAAAUCCUUCGAGUCGAAGGAACAAGCGCCAGAAUCUUGGAAGUGGAUCGACGUGGACGGGUGGUUUGAGCGUUGAUUUCAUGUAUUGAGCUGGGGAUUUGGAUCGGAAGAUUUUGUUCGGAAGAUGUCGAAGGUGGAGGCAAACUGGGAGCGGCUGGUGCGGGCGGCCCUGCGGAGGGAACGUGGAGGUGCUGGUGUGCAAGGGUUGCCUGCGACUGGCAUCGCGGGGAAUGUCCCAUCUUCUCUAGCUAACAACUUGCACAUCGAGGAGAUACUUAGAGCAGCUGAUGAGAUCCAAGAUGAGGACCCGAAUAUCUCUAGAAUAUUGUGUGAGCAUGCAUACUCGCUCGCCCAAAACUUGGAUCCUAAUAGCGAGGGCAGAGGUGUGCUCCAGUUCAAGACUGGUUUGAUGUCGGUCAUAAGGCAAAAACUUGCAAAGAGGGAGAGUGGAAGCAUAGAUCGAAGCCAGGAUAUUGCUCGCCUGCAAGAAUUUUAUAAGCUGUACAGGGAGAAGCAUAAAGUAGAUGAGUUGCGUGAGGAUGAAAUGAAGCUGAGGGAAUCAGGCGUUUUCAGCGGUAACCUUAGAGAGUUGGAACGAAAGACUGUGAAAAGAAAGAAAGUAUUUGCAACUCUUAAGGUUUUAGGAACAGUAGUUGAGGAGCUUACGAAGGAGAUUGCUCCUGAAGAUGCAGAAAAAUUGAUAUCUGAAGAGAUGAAACGGGUGAUGGAAAAAGAUGCAGCAAUGACAGAGGAUAUAAUUGCUUAUAAUAUUAUUCCAUUGGAUGCACCAUCUAUAGCAAAUGUCAUUGUCUCUUUCCCAGAGGUGAAAGCUGCAGUAUCAGCUUUGAAGUACUUCAGCGGCCUGCCUGAGCUGCCUCGUGAUUUUUCUAUUCCUGCUUCAAGAAAUGCUGAUAUGCUUGACUUUUUGCAAUAUGUUUUUGGAUUUCAGAAGGGCAAUGUCUGUAACCAGCGUGAACAUAUAGUUCAUCUUCUUGCUAAUGAGCAAUCUCGACUUGGCAGAAUUUUGGGCAGUGAGCCGAAAAUAGAUGAAGGUGCUGUUCAUGUUGUAUUUUUGAAGUCUCUCGAGAACUAUAUAAAGUGGUGCAACUAUCUUCCUCUCCACCCAGUUUGGAGCAAUGCGGAAUCAGCAAGCAAAGAAAAGAAGUUGUUGUUUGUUUGUCUAUACUAUCUGAUAUGGGGAGAGGCUGCGAAUGUUAGAUUUCUUCCCGAAUGCUUAUGUUACAUAUUUCAUCAUAUGGCAAGAGAGUUAGAGGAAAUAUUGCGUCAACAGGUUGUGCAAUCAGCCAAAAGCUGUGUUUCUCCUAAUGGAGUAUCAUUUCUCGAUCAAGUUAUUUCUCCUCUAUAUGAAGCUAUAGCAUCUGAAGCUGCAAAUAAUGACAAUGGGCGAGCACCGCAUUCGGCUUGGAGAAACUAUGAUGAUUUCAAUGAGUUCUUCUGGUCUCUUAACUGUUUUCAACUUAGCUGGCCUUGGCGACUUAAUUCACCAUUUUUUUCCAAGUCCAAUAAAAGGACCAAGAAUUUGUCAUCUGUUGGUAGAAGUAACCAUUAUGGUAAAACAUCUUUCGUGGAGCACCGAACUUUUCUUCACCUUUACCAUAGUUUUCAUCGCCUGUGGAUGUUUCUUUUUAUGAUGUUCCAGGGAUUGACUAUUGUUGCCUUCAAAGAUGGUCAUCUGAAUUUGGAAACCAUCAAACUGGUUCUUAGUCUGGGCCCCACAUAUGUUGUAAUGAAAUUUUUUCAGAGUGUACUGGACAUUCUAAUGAUGUAUGGUGCUUAUUCAACAUCUCGCCGUUCAGCUGUUACCCGAAUAUUUUGUCGCUUCUUUUGGUUUUCGGCUGCUUCAUUGGUCGUUUGUUACCUAUAUGUGAAAGCACUCCAGGAGGGAUCUAAUUCCAUUUUUUUCAGGAUAUAUGUCUUUGUAGUAGGCAUAUAUGCUGCAUGCAAACUCUUUCUUAGCAUUCUCUUGCGAAUCCCAUUUUGCCACCGUCUAACUGAGCCGUGUGAUCGUUGGUCUAUUGUGCGCCUUGCUAAGUGGAUGCACCAGGAACACUACUAUGUUGGACGUGGAAUGUAUGAGCGUACCACCGACUAUAUCAAAUAUGUACUCUUUUGGCUCGUCGUAUUGGGUGCAAAAUUUUCAUUUACCUAUUUUCUCCAGAUCAAGCCGUUGGUUUCACCAACAAAGGUUAUCGUGAACUUUACGGGCUUACAAUAUUCGUGGCAUGAUUUGGUAUCUAGACAUAACCAUAAUGCACUGACAGUUCUUAGUUUAUGGGCACCAGUUGUUUCAAUUUACCUUUUGGAUAUUUAUGUGUUCUACACCAUAUUUUCGGCUGUCUAUGGGUUCUUACUUGGGGCUCGAGAUCGCUUGGGGGAGAUUAGAUCUGUGAAAGCUGUCCACAAACUUUUUGAGAAGUUUCCUGAAGCAUUUAUGGACAAACUUCAUGUUGGUCUUCCCAAAAGGAGGCUGCUACGUUCCUCUGGUCAGGAAGCAGAGUUGAAUAAGUUUGAUGCUGCUAGAUUUGCUCCCUUCUGGAAUGAGAUUAUAAAAAAAUUACGAGAAGAGGAUUAUAUUACUAAUUUAGAGAUGGAUUUACUUGUUAUGCCCAAAAAUUCUGGGAUUCUUCCAAUGGUCCAGUGGCCCCUAUUUUUGCUUGUUAGCAAGAUAUUUCUUGCCAGAGAUAUUGCACUUGAGUGUAAGGAUUCACAGGAUGAGCUCUGGUUCAGAAUUUCUAGGGAUGAAUACAUGAAAUAUGCAGUUGAGGAGUGCUAUCACAGUAUUAAGGUUAUAUUAAUAUCUAUACUGGAGAAGGAAGGAUGGAUGUGGGUGGAGAGGGUAGAUGAUGCUAUCAAGGAAAGUAUAAAGAAAAAAAUUUUUCUGACCAACCUUCAGCUGAGCAAACUGCCACUUGUAUUUUCAAGAAUCACUGCAUUGACUGGCGUGCUGAAAAAGGAUGAGUCACUUGAAUUGACGAAAGGUGCUGUCAAGGCUUUGCAAGACCUUGAGGAUGUGAUUCGUCAUGAUUUUUUAACUCUUGAUAUGAGUGGUAACAUUGAUGCCUGGAGUCAGAUAAAUAAAGCAAGAGGUGAAGGUCGCCUCUUCAACAAUAUAAAGUGGCCCAAGGACCCUGAAUUGAAAGCAUUGGUCGACAGAUUGCAUUCACUGUUGACCAUCAAGGAAUCUGCUGCGAGUAUCCCGAAAAACUUGGAGGCUGGGCGUAGGCUAGAGUUCUUCACAAACUCUCUAUUUAUGCGAAUGCCUCCAGCCAGGCCAGUUUCUGAAAUGGUAUCAUUCAGUGUCUUUACUCCAUAUUACUCUGAGAUUGUGCUUUAUAGCUUGGCUGAACUCCAGAAGAAGAAUGAGGAUGGGAUAUCCAUUCUGUUUUACCUCCAAAAGAUUUUUCCAGACGAGUGGAAGAACUUUCUAUCUCGGAUAGGCAGAGAUGAAAAUGCACAAGAGACUGAACUUUUGAAUAGUGCAACUGAUAUUUUAGAGCUUCGGGUUUGGGCUUCAUAUCGUGGGCAAACCUUAGCAAGGACUGUACGUGGGAUGAUGUAUUAUAGAAAAGCUCUUAUGCUCCAAAGUUAUUUGGAGAGGAUUACUUCGGAAGAUCCAGAAGCUGCACUUUCUGGGAGUAAUAUAACCGAAACUCAAGGGUUUGACUUGUCUCCUGAAGCUCGUGCACAGGCAGAUUUGAAGUUCACAUAUGUAGUAACUUGUCAAAUUUAUGGCAAACAGAAGGAAGAACAAAAGCCAGAAGCUGCAGAUAUUGCAUUACUAAUGCAGCGGAAUGAAGCUCUUAGAGUUGCUUAUAUCGAUUUUGUCGAGAAUGUGAAGGACGGUAAACUACAAACUGAGUAUUACUCAAAACUUGUCAAAGCUGAUAUCCAUGGGAAGGAUAAGGAAAUCUAUUCUAUUAAAUUGCCUGGGGAUCCGAAGCUUGGUGAAGGGAAACCUGAAAAUCAAAAACCAUGCCAUAAUAUUUACGCGUGGAAAUGCAGUUCAGACCAUAGAUAUGAAUCAGGAUAAUUAUUUUGAAGAAGCAUUGAAGAUGAGAAAUCUUCUCGAGGAGUUCCAUUGCGACCAUGGUCUUCAUAAACCGACAAUUCUUGGCGUUAGGGAACAUGUCUUUACAGGAAGUGUCUCAUCUUUAGCUUCAUUCAUGUCCAGUCAAGAAACAAGCUUUGUGACUCUUGGUCAGCGUGUUCUUUCUAACCCAUUAAAAGUUCGAAUGCAUUAUGGCCAUCCAGAUGUUUUUGACAGAAUUUUUCAUAUAACAAGAGGUGGUAUGAGCAAGGCUUCUCGCAUUAUAAACAUUAGCGAGGAUAUAUAUGCUGGAUUCAAUUCAACAUUGCGCCAGGGGCAAUAUUACUCAUCAUGAGUACAUUCAGGUUGGAAAAGGGAGAGAUGUUGGCUUAAAUCAGAUUGCAAUGUUUGAAGGGGAAAGUAGC